AUGCAGAACAGCUGUGGGGAGUUUUCACGCCAGAAAACCAACAGAAAUGUCGCAGAUGAAGAUUCCGGGCGAUUGGCAGGCAGUCGCAGCCAAGGUAUGCCGAUAAAGGUGCCACACUUUGCGUGGUUUGUUUACCUGAAAAGCCCCGUGAAUAGGCACCACGCCCUGGCACAAGAAACUCCAGGAAUGGGUGCGGACCAGGAGGCGUGGCUAGAAUAG